UUGCUCUCGGUGCCGCCGGCCUCCUCUUCACCUUCCUGCUGUAAGCGGGUUCUCCGGAACUCUUGAACGACCGUACAUGCGCAUAAAGACAAACCAAAAAUCAUUCCGUCCGGAGAGCGGAUUGUACAACUUCUUCACUUUCAAUCACGAUCCUUAUCACGACUGAACCACGCAGGCUCCUUUACGGAUCGAGCGAGCAGUUGGGGGCCAAACCUUGCGACAUAAUCUGGUACUUUUAAUGAUCACGCUCUCCCGCGGAACUCUUCCUCCAAUUCUUGGAAGAAGCUUCUCCGCGACGGCCUUGCCAAUAUUACACACGAGAGGAGGAAAGUCGAACAAUGGGAAUUGCAUUUCAGAUGGCGGAUGCCCUUUUUUUCUUGAAGCAGCUGGGGUGGUGUUUGCGGAAGAUGGACUAUGAUACCUUUAGAGAAGAGUUGAAGAGGAUGCCUUGUGCCAUUUCGCCGAGGUAGUCGAGACAAAACGUUGACAAUCAAAAACCAUUCAGAUUUGAA